AUGAACACUCGUACACCUCCACCACCCCCAUCCACCUCACACCUCCACCCACCCUCAUACACCUUCGCCCACCCUCAUACAACUCACACCUCCACCCACCCUCAUACAACUCACACCUCCACCCACCCUCAUACACCUUCACCACACGCCCAUCUACCUCACACCUUCACCCACCCUCAUUAUCUCCCACCCUCGUACACCUUCAUAAACCCUCAUACACCUCAACCCACCCUCAUACACCUUCCCCACACACCUAUCCACCUCACAUCUUCACCCACCCUCAUUUACCUUAUACCCUCGUACGCCUUCAUAAACCCUCAUACACCUCCAAAACACACCUCAUUCACCCUACACCCUCGUACACCUCAACCCACAAUCAUACACCUUCCCCACACACCCAUCCACGUCACAUUGCACACCCAUCUGCCUCAGACCUCCACCCCACACCCUCAUACACCUUCACGAACACUCGUACACCUCCAUCCACCCCCAUCCACCUCACACCUCCACCCACCUUCACCCAUCCUCAUACACCUCUACCCACCCUCAUACACCUUCGCCCACCCUCAUUCAACUCACAUCUUCACCUACCCUCAUACACCUUCACCACACAUCCAUCCACCUGAACCACACACCCGUCCACCUCAUACCUCCACCCACCCUCAUACACCUUCACCACACAUCCAUCUACCUCACACCUUCACCCACCUGCAUAUACCUCAACCCACCCUCAUACACCUUCACCACACAUCCAUCCACCUCACACCUCUACCCCCCCCCCCAUACACCCUCACCCACCCUCAUACACCUUCACCACACAUCCAUCCACCUCACACCUCCAUCCCCUCAUACACCUUCACCCACCCUCAUACACCUUCACCCACCAUCAUACACCUUCACCACACAUCCAUCCACCUCACACCUCCACCCCUCAUACACCUUCACCCAUCCUCAUACACCUUCACCCACCCUCAUACACCUCCACCCACCCUCUAA